CGUCACUCGUAUGUGUUUAGGUAGUACUGACGUCCAUAGUGGCGUUACUCUCAGUUUGGCCAUAGAGUCUUCAAAUGGACACAGAUUAUGCGGAACAAACAUCACCAUAGAAAGCAAGUUCCAGCACUACUGUCCAGAACCGAGCUACAGCGAGGAUGUUCCCUUGCCUGUCCCAGAGACCAUGGCAUGUCAUCUGCAGGGUUUCCUUGCAGCACAGAGCGUCCCUGUCACAGCGAUGUCCAAGGGUCCCCCGGCUGUGCUACGGUUGGCAGAGUGGAGACAUACACAGCUUGUGGUUCAGCCUUCCAGAGUGCCGUGUAGCUUCUCCACUGCUGGGCCAUGUUCAGUAUUACUCUACCUCUGGCGGCAGUAAAGAUGAUAAAGAUGGUAAUGCAAAACAAGGAUCUGGAGAUGCUCCCACGGCGGAGAAAGUGCUGUCUAGUGCUGCAAAGUCUGCCUCGGCCCCAUCAGAUUCAACGCCUCAGGGGCUGACUAAAGCUGAGACAAUUCAAGUCAAAGUGCGGGCUGUCCUGAAGAAGAGGGAGUAUGGGCCUAAAUACACUCAGAACAACUUCAUCACUGCAGUCAGAGCAAUGAAUGAGUUCUGCCUCAAACCAAGUGACUUGGAACAACUAAGGAGGAUAAGAAGGCGCAGCCCCCAUGACGACACAGAGGCUUUUACCGUGUUCUUGCGGUCAGACGUGGAGGCCAAAGCACUAGAUGUAUGGGGAAGCCCUGAAGCUCUCGCCAGGGAGCGAAAACUCAGGAAAGAGAUGGAGAGAGAGUACCAAGAGAAUAUAUUUCGAAAUCAGCAAUUGCUAAAGGAAUACAAAGAUUUCUGGGGGAAUACUAAGCCUCGAUCAGGCAAGAGGACAACAUUUCUUCAAGGGCCAGGGAAGGUGGUCAUGGUAGCUAUUUGCAUCAAUGGGCUGAAUUUCUUCUUCAAGCUCCUGGCUUGGGUGUACACUGGAUCAGCUAGCAUGUUCUCUGAGGCCAUCCACUCACUGGCCGACACCUGCAACCAGGCUCUCCUUGCACUAGGAAUCAGCCAGUCUGUCCGCAACCCUGACGCUGUGCACCCGUAUGGCUUCUCCAACAUGCGCUACAUCGCCUCCCUCAUCAGUGGGGUGGGCAUCUUCAUGAUGGGAGCAGGUCUCUCCUGGUACCAUGGCAUCAUGGGAUUGUUGCACCCACAGCCCAUUGAGUCUCUACUAUGGGCCUACUGUAUUUUGGCAGGUUCUCUGGUGUCUGAAGGGGCCACGCUACUAGUAGCCAUCAAUGAGAUAAAGAAGAGUGCUCACCAGCAAGGAGUGUCUUUUUAUGAAUAUGUAAUGCAGAGUCGGGACCCUAGUACUAAUGUUGUACUGCUGGAGGAUGCAGCUGCUGUGCUGGGAGUCAUCUUGGCUGCAGGGUGCAUGGGCCUCACCUCACUAACAGGUAACCCAUAUUAUGACAGUUUGGGUUCCCUGGGCGUGGGCACGUUGCUGGGCACCGUCUCAGCCUUCCUCAUCUACACUAAUACAGAGGCCCUGCUGGGACGCUCCAUACAGGCUGAGCAUGUACAGAAACUUACAGAGUUCCUGGAGAACGACCCUGCUGUAAGGGCCAUCCACGAUGUGAAGGCCACAGAUAUGGGGCUGAGUAAAGUGCGCUUCAAGGCUGAAGUUGACUUUGAUGGCCGGGUGGUGACAAGGUCUUACCUGGAGAAACAAGACAUUGACCAAAUCCUCAAUGAUAUCCAGCAGGUGAAGACUCCUGAGGAGCUGGAGAACUUUAUGCUGAAGCAUGGGGAGAACAUUAUUGACACACUGGGGGCUGAGGUGGACCGCCUGGAGAAAGAGCUCAAGCAACGUAACCCAGAGGUACGUCACGUAGACCUUGAGAUUCUAUAACAUCUUAAGGAUCUCUGCAUGGGAACAUCCCGCCGCAGCGAGAAGAAGAAACUACAAGAGGAAAAGGUGAAAGGAGGGUCAAGCCCACCUUCACACCCUGCGAUCUGCCUCCUGUUCUGACCACCAAAAACAAUCCUCUCUGCACAAGUCAUCAAGUCUUACUGUAGAAUAGUCCAGUCAUUUACUUUAAGGACAGUGUUGGAACAGUGAUUAUGAUUUCUUCGUGUUAAUUCAACUUUGUCAUCAGUUAGUGCUACAAAGGUUUCAGCCUGUCAUAGAUCUACCUUUUACAGUCAGGUACAAGUUAAUGAGGUGAAUGAGUAUGGAAUGUCAUUAGUUUCCUGAAAUUUCAAGAUGUUUUUAUCAAUUUUAAUCAAUCAUUCGAGUGCACAGGCAGUUAUUGCAGUUUAAUCUUCUACUUGUGGCUACUUGUGGCAUGUGCACACAUUCCUGUAUGAAUGUGAUGGAUUUGGUUGAGAUCAUAACAUUUUCAAACUCAAAAACAGGACCAGUGGCAAUUACUAGAUUGUACACAACUGCUAAGUUAUGCUUGAACUGCAGUUAUAGUGUUUUUUCUUUAUUAGAGCAAAGGAAAUCAGAUACCUGAGAGCUAUAUAUCCAUCAAAGAAGAGUUCUUGAACAGUUAAAGUAUGUAGAUAUUUUUUGUACGUAAUAACUGAAGAACUCAAGUUGGUGUAUUGCUAUUACCACUUAUAUAAUGAAGGUGUGAAUUGAUGAAUAGCCUGUAUUGCAGUUACAGGAAAAUAUGCAAUCGUCUUGUUAAAAGAGUUUUGUUGUUUGAUAUUUUUGGUAGAGUUGAAGAGUGGACUGAUCUGACCGUAGCACUUAAUGAGUACUCAAAUUAUGCAAAAGUAUAUUGAAAAACAGGACAGCAUUUCACUGAUAUCAUAAUCUCAUACCAAGUGGCAAAAACAAGCUCUUGAAAAAUUAACUUGGAAACAAAAGAAUGGAAAAUCCAAUAAUCACAGUUAGGUAUGCCUCUAUUGGGCAUGCCAAUCUUAAGGAAAAGAAAAAAAAAAACAGCUCAAAUGGAAAUAGUAAACUCAUCUCCAUGCCAGUAAAUGCUAUUGUAGGCGGAAGCAUUUGUCUCUUUUCAUCACCACCCCUGGCUUGCCUGUUUGCUACUCUGAACGUUACUGCAACGUUCUUCAAAGCUGAGGAUCGGUGUCUUGUUUUGCAAGGCCAUCAGCUUGUCUGUAGAUUGUAUAGAUUGUAUUCUUCCAAAGAUGAAGUACUUUAUGGACCCACACAGACAGAGAAACCACCCGUGUCCCUUUCCAACCAAUGUAAGUGGUCUGCAGCUGACAUUUCUUAAGGGGGCUGGGUUGCACAUGUAAACUUUAAUGUAAUGCAGAACAUGGUUGUUAUGAGAAGAAGUAACAAAACAGUUGUACUAACCCCAUAAAGCACAGUUUUCUCGCAGUUGUUUGGUCACACUGUUGAGCUUCAUGCCCCUCUGUCAUCACGUAAUCAUCAGUGUUCUGGUAAUUCAGGGUGUGGCACAGUGUGUGUACCCAUUUACUUUUCAUUCUGCAGUUUUUCACCACAGACAGGUGUAUGGAGGACGCAGCAGGGGACAGGCCUGCUUAUUUAGCUGUGUUUAAUAUCCUGCUUUGCAUCAGGAGGUAGACUACAGUCGUCUCAGUUGUGUUGGGAGGGAUGGAUAUAUAUUUUAAUGGUGUUCAUAUUGUAAUAUUUCCCUUUGGUGAUUACAGUGUCAUCAUUGCUGAAGGACUUGGAAUAAAUUUAACUUAUUAAACUAUUUUGCUUUC